AUGUCGCCCCACGCUCUACCUAUAUCCGCCGAACCGGCACAGCCCGAUGUCUUUCCAUUGAGGAAAUAUGCCAUCACCCCAAACGGUUUCCUUCCUGCCGACGCACCCCUCAAGCAACUUCCCGAUCCAUACUUCGCACCAUGGGAAAAGAUUAUCCAACAUCUUCCAGAGCUUCUCAAAGCUGGAAGAUUGCGGAGGGACGUGGAUGCUCUUCCUGUACUGUCGGCGGAGAAGCUACAGAAUGAAGCAGAAUGGCGACGGGCGUAUGUCAUCCUGGUUUUUCUAAUGCAUGCCUAUGUUUGGGGAGGAGAAAAGGCCGAAGAGGUCUUGCCGCCAGCCAUAUCAGUACCCCUUCUCCGCGUUUCGCAACACCUCGAAGUUCCCCCCGUUGCAACUUACGCUGGCCUGAACCUUUGGAACUUCUUGUCAACCACCGAUGAUUUCACCGACUUGGAAUCGUUAGAGUCCCUUCACACCUUCACUGGGACCAAAGAUGAGGCUUGGUUCUACCUUGUUUCGGUAGCCAUGGAGGCACAGGGUGCUCGCAUCAUCACCGAUAUGCUCAACGCGCUAGAAUCCAUCAAGAGCAGAGACUACGGUACUAUCACACGCGCACUUGACGAUUUGUCAGCCAACAUCCGAAAGAUUGGGGCGCUUCUGGAGCGUAUGUACGAACAUUGCGACCCUAUGGUUUUCUUCUAUGAGAUCCGUCCGUUUCUAGCGGGCAGCAAGAAUAUGGCUGCCGCUGGCCUCCCCAACGGAAUUUUCUAUGACGAGGGUAACGGUCGCGGCAGCUGGCAGCAACUUCGUGGGGGCAGUAACGGCCAAAGUUCGCUCAUCCAGUUCCUCGACAUUGUGUUGGGUGUCGAGCACACAUCGGAAGGAAACAGCAAUCCGCACGCCAGCAAAAGUGCGCCUAGUCCGGCAAAAGCGCCAGCCUUUCACGAAGAAGUCCGCAGCUACAUGCCAGGUCCGCACAAGCGCUUCCUCGAGCAUGUUUCUCGCAUGGGUAGCAUUCGCGAGUUUGCCAGAUUGCCGAGCUCUACAGUGGAGCAAGACAGGUUUCGGGAGGCAUAUCAAGUUGCGACCAAGAGCAUGACAGAGUUCAGGAACAAACACUUGCAGAUUGUCACCCGCUACAUCGUUCUUCCAUCAAAGAGGUCAUAUGGCGGCGCCAAGGUUGACUUGGCGAGCACGUCUGCUGUCAAGGAUGAGCAGCUCACUGGCACGGGAGGCACAGCAUUGAUGCCGUUCUUGAAGCAGACCAGGGAUGAGACCUUGCAGGCAGAGCCCGUCGAUGUCAUGUCAUUGACAUGGCAAGUUUAG